GCCGCCGCCGAGGACUCAGCAGCCUCCCCCUCGAGCCCCCUCGCUUCCCGGCGCUCCGUCCCCCCGCCCGCCUUCUCCCGCCGCCGCCGCCGUCCGCAGGCCGUUUCCACCGAGGAAAAGGAAUCGUAUCGUAUGUCCGCUAUCCAGAACCUCCACUCUUUCGACCCCUUUGCUGAUGCAAGUAAGGGUGAUGAUCUGCUUCCUGCCGGCACUGAGGAUUAUAUCCAUAUAAGAAUUCAACAGAGAAACGGUAGGAAGACCCUUACCACCGUCCAAGGGAUCGCUGAUGAUUACGAUAAAAAGAAACUAGUGAAGGCGUUUAAGAAGAAAUUUGCCUGCAAUGGUACUGUAAUUGAGCAUCCAGAAUAUGGAGAAGUAAUUCAGCUACAGGGUGACCAGCGCAAGAACAUAUGCCAGUUCCUUGUGGAGAUUGGACUGGCUAAGGACGACCAGCUGAAGGUUCAUGGGUUUUAAGUGCUUUUGGCUCUCUGAAGCUUAAGUGAGGAUAUCAUUGCAAUGAGUAGAAUUUCCCUCCUGUCCCUUGUCACAAGUUUAAAAACCUCACAGCUUGUAUGAUGUAACCAUUUGGGGUCUGCUUUUAACUUGGACUAGUGUAACUUCAUGCAAUAAACUGAAAAGAGCCA